CAGUUCUGUCCCUCUCGAACCCUAACUCCAAAAACCCUCGCUCUCCUCUCAUGGCCGCCGCCGCAGCUGACGACGCAGCCGAGGUGGAGCGGCUUUACGAGCUCGGCGAGCGCCUCUCCUCCGCCAAUGACAAGUCCGAGCAUGCGGCGGACUACGAGGCGAUUAUUGCAGCGGUGAAGGGACAGAGUGCCAAGGCGAAGCAGCUCGCAGCGCAGCUUAUCCCCAGGUUCUUCCGGAGCUUCCCUGCACUCGGCACGCGCGCCAUGUCAGCCAUGUUCGAUCUCGUCGAUAUGGAGGAGCUCGCGAUCAGAAUACAAGCUAUUCGUGGCUUUCCACUUCUUGGCAAAGAUACUGAAUUUGUGUCAAAAAUUGCAGAUGUUUUGGGUCAGCUCCUUACAAGCGAGGAAAAUGUUGAGCGUGAUGCUGUUCAUAAAGCGCUCAUGUCCCUUAUACGGCAAGAUGUUAAAAAUUCAUUACAACCUUUAUUUAAGCAUGUGGAGCAAGGAUCAGAGAUUCGUGAGAAGAUUAUUUGUUUUCUUCGAGACAAGGUCUUUCCUCUUAAAGCAGAGCUGCUGAAACCUCAAGCAGAAAUGGAGAGAUUUAUAACGGAUUUGAUAAAGAAAAGUGUGCAAGAUGUAACUGGUUCAGAAUUCGAACUAUUCAUGGGGUUCUUGCGAAGCUUGAGCAUAUUUGGGGAUUCUGCUCCUAGAGAGUCCUUUCAAGAACUAAUUGAAAUUAUUCAAGCACAGGCUGAUCUGAAUUCACAAUUCAACGUUUCUGACAUUGACCACAUUGAGAGGUGGAUUUCAUGCAUGUAUAUGGCUCUUCCGAUCUUCAUGAGAGGAGCAUCAGCAAGCAAGUUCCUCAAUUACUUCGUUAAACAAAUUGUUCCAGCAUUUGAGAAGAUUCCUGAAGAAAAGAAACUGGAUUUGCUAAAGACUAUUGCUUCAAGUUCACCAUAUGCUGCAGCACAAGAUUCACGUCAGCUGCUUCCAUCUGUUGUUCAGUUACUCAAGAAGUAUAUGCCUGGGAAGAAGGUGGAAGAUAUCAACCAUAAUUAUGUUGAGUGCUUGCUAUACACUUUUCAUCAUUUGGCUCACAAGACUCCAAACACAACGAACAGUCUAUGUGGUUACAAGAUUGUUACUGGGCAACCAUCAGAUAGACUUGGAGAGGACUUCUCAGAGCAUUACAAAGAUUUCACAGAGAGGUUAACUGGAACAGAAGAGACGGUACGAGCAGCCUCCAAGCGACUAACUCAGGGGAUGGCAGAUUUCAACAAGGCAAUAUCUUCAGCAAAAACUGACGAGGAAAAGACUAAAAUUAAAGGCGAUCAGCAAACUUCAACAAGGACAAUGAGGUCAUAUAACAAUAUAUUGGCAAUGACACAGUCAUUGCAUUCAAAAUCCCCUUUAUUUAUCGGUGAUAAGAAAAUCACUCUGUCAUGGAUGGAGCAGCCCAACAAAGCAGCAGCUACGAAAGCAGGGGGGAAGAGGUCACAACCUAGUACAAAUGGGAAUGACCCUGCAAACAAGAAGGGGAGAGGAGGAAUGCAAAACCAGCUAGUGAACAGAGCUUUUGAAGGACUGUCUCAUGUUGGAAGAGGCAGUGGAAGAGGGCGGGGCAGGGGUGGCCGAGGAAGAGGAAGAGGAUGGAGUGGGUACCACUGAGAUGACCUGGAAAUUCUGUUCAAACCUGACAAGGGAUGAGCUUUCUGCUUCCACCAGAGAGUAAACUCCAAGGUCGAUGUUUUAUUGGUGUGCAUUACUGCAACGCGUUGAAAUGGAUCAAGGCACACAACAGCAGAAAUGCGUACACAGAGAAAGGAUGCUAAGAAAUGUCUGCAAGUUUGUGCAUCUUUCUUAUUCAUUUACCAUCUCAUCGUGUUCUUUGCCACCCUAACCGUCGUGUCACUUGCGUUGGCUGGCUGUUUGAUGAACUGGGCAGUUCGAUAUCUUUGUUCUUUAUUUUAUUUUACAGUGUUUGAAGAGACGACCAAGCUUGUGCUGACUUUGUUUGAGUUCGUUUUAUGUUUCGUCCUUGUACUGACACAGAUGUAUUAGUGAUGUUUAACUUUUAUGUAACGAUUGAUCUAGCUGUAAUAUAAGUUAAGCAUUUAAGUAAGC